UGAGGUGCAAUCCUUAUUUGUAGUGGCAGCCUCUGUGAGAUUGAACAAGAGGGAGAGGGAAGAUGGUAGCCUUGAAGGUAUUUGGACAACCAGCAUGCACAGAUGUUGCCAGGGUGCUGACAUGCCUCUUCGAGAAGAACUUGGAGUUCGAACUCAUUCGCACCGACACAUUCAAGGGAGAACGCAAGGUCCCUGAGUUUCUUAGGCUACAGGAUCCUUCUGGUCUAGUAACCUUCAAAGAUCGGGAUCUCACUCUUGUUGAUUCGAGGGAAAUUUGCCGGCACAUUUCGGUGAAGUAUCUGGAUAAGGGAAACAAGACCCUUUUCGGAACCGGCGUUCUUGAGAGGGCAUUGAUCGAGCAAUGGCUGCAAGCAGAAGCUGUGACCUUUGAACCGGCAAGCUCAACUCUAGUCUUCCAUCUUGCUAUCGCUGCACCGUUAGGCUUACAAACUGAUCAGUCUUUGAUUGAGAAAAAUGAGAAGAAGCUGGCCAGGGUCCUUGAUGUGUAUGAAAGUAGGCUGGGAGAGAAUGAGUACUUGGCAGGGGACGAGUUCACGCUUGCAGACCUCUCACACCUCCCCAAUGCACACUACCUUGUAAACAAGACAGAGAGGGGGCGCAAGCUUUUCACUUCAAGGAAGAAUGUGGAAAGGUGGUGGAACGCAAUCUCAUCUCGGCCCUCAUGGAAGCAGGUAGUCCAAAUGCAGUGAGAGCACCCCAGUCUAGUUGAGAAACUGGAAGUUUAGAGUCGCAAAUAUAUGACCACGAUUGCUGUAUGGUUUGGUUUCCCUUCCUUUGUUGUGUUUGCUUAUAGCUGUGAACCACCUCUUUUAUGUGAGAGGAUAAGCUAAGAGAAUAUGGAAGUUUGUGUCCUCUGAAUAAAAAUAUUUACACAUAAUUCAAUAA